CACUACAAAUAACAAACUCAUCAUCAAGCUUUGAUUAUUUGAAUCAGCUGUGUAGUGCUAGGGCAAAAACCAAAACGUGCACCCGGGUGGGCCCCAGGACCGAUUUUGGUAAGCCGUCUUUUAAGUGACCAGAGACGCUUGUAUGUCUGGUGAGAUCCACCAAUAACACGACGUCGUAAAACUGUCGCGGAAUACGGCAGCAAACAUGGAAGACGUUGGCAUGAUCGGCUAGAGUUGCUGGUUGAUAAUAAAGAAACAGGAAAAAUAUGAACCAGCGGGGAGGUGUUAUAAACAGCUGUGUGUGUGAAGAGGAGUACAUGAGGUUAGUUUGUAAAUCGCGUGUUGUUCGCGAUGUUUUUCUUGGCGGUGUGUGCGCGAGGGCACGUAACUAACGUGGCGCGCUGUGUGAGGAGAAGUGUGUUUCGGCCAAUUCCUGCGUCAUGGCGGCAGCAGCAGACCGGUGUGUGUGUGAGGGUAGACCGGAAGUUGCUGCAGAGACUCAAAAACAGAAUCUCCUCAGUCGCCCAUUGGUGCAGCUACACACAAUCUCACACACACAUCCCCAACCUAACGACCCCAGAGGUUAGGGGCCACGCGCUAAAGGGUCCCACCGAAAGCGUCACCCGAUCCUGUCACCGCAGAGGCCACGAGAGGACGCGGAGUAACGACAACCGCUUUAAGUUUUAUCCUACGGAUCCCUCUUUCUCGUCUCCCUCUCAUCUUCUCCUGGGGUUGAGGUUGAUCCCGGUGAGUUCUGGUGUGUCUCCAGGCUGGAGAGGUCUCUGUAGUGGAAAACCCCGGGAGACCCCAGCCGACUGCCCAACUGGAGAGGACCAGAGGGAAACCACCCAGCCAGCUGAUAGACUACCUGAUCCUGGUCAAGGACUGUUCAAGUUUAAAGAACUGGUAGGUCGGUGUGUGUAUGAGAACCCGUGGACCAUCCCCAACCUGCUGUGUGUGUGUCGCAUCGCACUGGCUCCAGUCCUGGGAGUCCUGAUAACUGAGCAACAUUUUCACCUCUCCCUUGGGCUGUUUGCUUUGGCUGGAUUUACUGACGUGCUGGAUGGUUAUAUAGCCCGUAACUGGGCCAGUCAGAAGUCUGCGCUGGGCAGCGCGCUUGACCCAUUGGCUGAUAAAAUCCUCAUCAGCGUUCUCUACAUCAGUCUCACCUACGCACAGCUCAUCCCAGCGCCCCUGACAGCAUUGGUGAUCGCCAGAGACGUCGGUCUGAUAGCGGCUGUUUUCUACGUCAGAUACAAGACUGUCCCACCUCCUGUGACUCUCAAUAAGUUUUUUAACCCCUGCUACACAACAGCACAGCUCAAACCCACCACCAUCAGCAAGGUGAACACAGCGAUCCAGCUCUUUCUGGUAGCAGCAUCGUUGGCUUCUCCCGUCUUUCACUACACAGACAGUCCGCUCCUGCAAGCCCUAUGGUAUAUCACAGCGGUAACGACGACUGUGUCAGGCUACAGCUACUAUCACUACGGCAUGAAGACUGUCGCUGUGCUCAACAGCACCAAGUAACCAUGGCAACACCAAGUAACGGUUGCAACUUAAUACACUCUUGCCUCAAUCAUGAACAAACACACACCCACUUGUGUUUGGAAAGAAUACAAAAUGUACUCUGAGUGCGUAUUUUUAAUCUCAGUAUUGCCAUGGGAACUGUUUUGUAUCUGAUGAAUGAUGUGAUUAAACCAUGAACCUGCUCUGAUAGCC